AGAUGAGGGAUGGAUGGGGAGGGGAGUGCUGUAGGCGUGCAGAGAAAGAGAGAGAUGAAAAUAAAAAUCUAAGCCGACAGGAGCAGGCGUCAGUGCACAGCGUCUGCCCCACUGAGGAUCUCUUCAGAAUGCGCUUUUAUCCACAUUGUUUUUAUUAUUAAAAUGUAACCAUUAACAUUUUACAACAUGAUGUGUUUGUCAAGACGCGUAUUGGCACAUUUCUGGCUUCCGCUUUGCUUCUGCUUCGUUUGCGUGUGCGUUUCUCUCGCUGAAGUGCGUUAUUCGCUUCCAGAGGAGAUGCAGCAAGGCUCCGUAAUCGGCAACGUGGCCAGAGAUUUGGGAAUAGAUGUGACGGAGCUCGUGAGACGCAACGCUCGAGUUGUUGCUGAGGGGAGCCGACAGUUCUGCGAGCUGAGGCUAGAAACGGGCUCUCUGUUGGUGAGCGAGAGAAUGGACCGCGAGGAACUUUGCUCACAGUCUGCACCCUGCAUCCUGCAAUUUCAACUGCUUCUGGAGAACCCGCUCAAAGUGUACAGUCUCCUUUUAGACAUCCAGGACAUCAACGACAACAGCCCAGCGUUCGAUAACGGCCAGAUCGAGCUUGAGCUACUGGAGUCAACGGUCCUAGGGAGGCGUUUUCCACUUGAGAGUGCUCACGAUCCUGACAUAGGAGCUAAUUCUGUUCAGCACUAUCAACUCAGCGGGAGUGAAUACUUUGCUUUAGAGAUGAAUACUCAAUAUCCCGAAUUGGUGCUCAAAAAGCCUUUGGAUCGAGAAAACCAGGCGGAUCACUUUCUGACCCUAAGCGGAGUGGAUGGAGGCCGGCCGGCUCGUUCCGGAGCGGCUUCGAUUCACAUUCACGUGUUAGACGCUAAUGAUAACGUCCCUGUGUUUAGUCAAAGGGUGUAUAAAGUCAGCGCACAAGAAAAUUCAGCUCAAGGUUCUGUGGUGGUUAAAUUAAACGCGACCGAUUUGGACAGCGGGAUUUACGGGGACGUUAGCUACUCUUUCAGUCACGUGCCUGAUAAGACCCGAGGGAUUUUUGAGGUUGACCCUGUGACUGGAGAGGUGAGGGUCAUGGGCGCGUUGGAUCACGAAGAGGCCAGUUCUCAUGAGCUGGAUGUUCAAGCCAAAGACGGAGGAGGACAGUCAUCUCACUGUAAACUCAUCAUAGAUGUGAUCGAUGUGAAUGACAAUGCACCUGUUAUUGCAGUUAAAUCAAACUCUGCGACUGUGCCAGAAAACGCUUCACCUGGAACCAUGGUGGCUUUGCUAAACGUCUAUGACCUUGAUACCGGCACCAGUGGCCGGGUCACUUGUGAGAUAUCAGAUGUGCCGUUUAAGCUCGUUUCAGAAGUCAAGAAUUACUUCAUGCUUGUGAUUGAUGGAGUUUUAGACCGGGAAAAGCGUCCACACUAUAACAUAACCGUGACUGCUGUGGAUGCUGGAACCCCCCCUUUAUUCAGCAGCAAAACUGUAGCCAUAACAGUCACAGACGUGAACGAUAAUCCUCCUAUUUUUAGACACAGUGACUACAGCAUCCAGUUUGCAGAAAACCAGCCUCAGGGAACCCCAGUCACUAAAGUCACAGCUGACGAUGCAGAUGAAGGGCAGAACGCUAGAAUCCUGUAUUCUCUCGCAGAAGACGCAGCUUCUCAUUUCUCCAUUAACGCAGAGACCGGUGAGAUAUUUACCCGACAGCCCUUUGAUUACGAAACGUCCACUCGCUUCAAUAUUCCAGUGAUGGCACGAGACGGAGGCAGCCCUCCGUUCACCAGCACAUGCACCGUCCAGGUCUUCAUUGCGGAUCAGAACGACAAUUCUCCGGUCGUUCUUUACCCAGUUCAGUUUGAUGGACACCUUGCGGAUGACAUUGUCCCUCGAGCUGCUCCUGCAGGUUAUCUGGUCACUAAAGUGGUCGCUGUUGAUGCCGACGCAGGGCACAACGCAUGGCUGUCCUAUCGAGUCUUGAAAGCCACGCAGUCUAAUUUGUUUUCUGUUGGACUGCAUUGUGGGGAAAUUCGGACACUGAGGCCAUUUGCAGAAGAUGAUGAGAUCAGACAAACCUUACUAGUCUCUGUGAGUGAUAACGGGCGUGAGUGUUUGUCUGCCACUGCAACUGUUAAUAUUAUGAUUGAAGAUGGCUUGCCUGUCAUCGAUGAGCUCUUUGCACGUGGCGUGGAAGAGUCACAUGCGCACAGGGAGCUUAUUCUGUAUUUAAUACUGGCUUUGGCUGGCGUGUCCAGUCUGUUCUUUGUGCUCAUCAUUGCUAUGGUCUAUUUGAAGUUAUGUAGACACAGAUACAUGUAUCGCUCGACCGCACACUUACCCGUUUUUCCUCCUACCUACGGACCGCCUGGGUACUCCGACGUGAGCCGCUUUAAUACUUUGCAGAAGGAUGAUCGAUAUAAUUCAUUCUUGACCACAGGCUCGUGGAGAGGGGAUUUUAGAUUCGGCUCUGACUUUGUUGAUUUUGACAUGAGGAAUAAGAGCGGGACGUCCGGGCAUGUGGGCGGACGCAGCACUGCACGUGCAACGCUAUUAGUGCCACAUCAGUUCUAACCCAGAUGGUUUGACCCUGACAAUCAUGCAGAAAAUCCUUUAGAAAAAGGCUUUAUUCAAGCAAAUGACACAUGUUCGUCGUUUCAUGAAAACACAGUACAGUGAAUCCUUCACUUUUGUUUUAGGUCCUUUUGUGUUUUGAUUCUGCAUGUGGCAAGAUAUUGACAU